GAACAUUUUCAGUUAUUCGCGAGUCGCCGUCGAGUAAGCAUGUUCGUUGGUCGCGCCUCGCCGGGCACGCGAUCACUACGAACUUCCUAACUUUGUGACAACUUGUGAUUGUGAAUAUUAGAAUUGCUAAUUACUUUUAAUAUUACUGUGAACUUUAUAAUAAGUGAAUGUUAAACUUGAACUUGUAAAAUCUGCUGUAACAGUAGCUUCAUGAGAUACAGUGCUUAAUCACAAUGACUAUAAAAAAAAACCGAACUCAGAAAAACAAUUGAGAAAUGGUGGAGCUAUUACUAAAAGUGACAAGGACCUAACAAUAUGUGUAAGGACGUGAAGAAUGUGUCUUGGGAGACGGAGACCCUGAUGGGUACUCCUCCCAAGUCGAAAUGGGGGAGCUUCGAGCCACGAGCCGCGUUGUCCCACGUCGGACUAUUCGUGGCUCUCAUGCUGUACACAGGAGGCGGGGGUUUGGUUUUUCGGGCUUUGGAGUAUCCUGCCGAAAUGGCCAAGCAGGAGUUUCAUAGAGAGAGGCUUGUUACGGAGAGGUGGAAUCUAAUUCGUUUUGUUUCGGAGCGCAGCAACGCUACUGACAAUGAUGAUGUCGAGAAACUACUCAGCGAUCAUUUAGCUGUGUAUGAGAGGGUUCUAGAAGAGGCAUCCUCAAGUGGUUUGGCUUUGGAGGUGGAAAAUAAUUUUCCGCCGCUUGAAGAAAAAUGGAGUAUUCUACAAGCUGUGUUUUUUUCAUCAACCGUGCUCACCACAAUAGGUUAUGGUAAUAUAGUACCCGAGACGUUCUGGGGUAGACUGUUCUGUAUCGCGUAUGCCCUGAUUGGGAUACCUCUUACCCUGACCGUCAUCGCUGACUUAGGACGAGUCUUUGCCACCGUUGUAUCGAUCAUCGCUAAGCAGCUUCCUGCGAUGCCCAAAUGCUGUACCCGAGUGUCCGAUGCGAACCCUACCGGGCAAAGGUCAUUGUAUGCCUUCGGUGCAGUAGGUUUUCUAUUUUUGUACCUGUCUGCCGGAGCUGGGCUGUUCAAGAUGUGGGAGGACGACUGGACCUUCUACGAUGGAUUUUAUUUCUGCUUUAUUACCAUGACCACUAUCGGCUUCGGUGAUAUUGUUCCUAAAAGACCAAAGUACAUGUUAAUAUGUACGGUAUAUAUUCUAAUUGGUUUGGCACUGACGUCCACGAUUAUUGAGCUGGUGAGACGGCAGUACGCGCAGUCCUGGCAACAACUGCGGGCUCUUUCUGGGCCAUUGGCAGACACACUUAGAAGACUGGGUGACGCUGGCAGGGGGGUAGACGUCUCAGCUCUACACAGCGAUCUCCGAAAAGUGCUCACAGUGGUUACGAUGCCACGUCUGAGUAGCGCCAACGGGAGUGCUCUCACAGACAAGAGAAGACUGGAGUGGGAGGCGGCUGUGGAAGCCGUCAUCAGGGACAUCACAGCUCCAGCGCCCACUCAGAAACCACCAAUAGUUCAGAUCGUCAUAUACGAAUCAUCUGUAUAACAAGUACUGAAAAUUACAAGUGGCUUAUACUUUUGUAUCAAUAUUUUGGGGCCUAAUUGACACAAGCUCAAUCGCCGUCACAUUAAUAACGAAAUGCUUCCAAUAAAGCCACAGCUAAUGCUAUUAAUUCCAAUUAUUAUACGAGUCUUUAUCACGGUCUCAUUCCGCGUGAUAUUUAGACAUUAUGCGUCAAAGUUCAAGGCCAGGGACCCUUGUUCGCUUGGAUAACGCACUCGGUAUGUAAUCGCGAAUACUGCCUUGUUCAUAAUACUGAUGGGGCAAGCGCUGUAAUGCGACACUCUCUUAGGCAUUCAGUUCUGUCUGUGUGCCAAUAUCGGAAAAAGAAGUGACUUGUCUUUAUACACAGCGGACUUUUGUUUAACGUUUCUCAUUUAGACGUUACGACCGGCGGCGUAUUGUCUGGACUACAGUGAUGAAUACAUUUAUUUUUGUACACUCUCGUUCACGGUCAGUAUUUAAACUGUUUUAUAAUGCUUUUAUGUUUUGACGUUUGGAAUAGGUCGUCGUAAUGAUACAUUAUGUAUCUGUUUUGCGGAAUAAUGAAUGAUGCAGUUCGUUGCACUGUCAUGUCUACAAUGAUUAACGUGUAUUGAUGAUGUCACAAGCACUAGAGAAAUUAUGCCGCACAUAAUCUUGUUUAAACAUAUUUUACUUAUAAAUUUCCUGUAUUAUUUAAUUCGAAUCUACAAAUGUAAAUUUAAUUACAUUAAGGUUGGCGACAGAAGUAAAUAAAAAGGGUAAAUAAAGUUGGAAAUCGAAAGGUUAAUGAACGCAUUAACCGUAGUGGAAAUGAGAUUGCAGGACCCUAAUGUGUUUGGGAUUGCGUAUAAAGGCUAAUAGAGGAUGAUAUUACCGAACUUGUUGAACGAUACGAUAUUUGUUGGUGAUAAACUCUUGUGUAUAUUUCAUACAUAGAUAUAAUUUGCCUCAAGAAGUAAAUAUGUAGAGGAAUAUUGAUUUGAUUGAAUCAAUAGGUGAAAUAGAACAAGAUAUUUUUACAAAUUUUGACUAGGUAUACGCACUACCGAUUACUACAAUGAGUUGACUAUACAAUAUUAAAAAAAUAAUUCAAUAUAUAGAUUGAUUGACAAAAGUCUGAGAAGAAAUUAAAUGAGAAUUAUGUUUAUCGAACUUUUUCUAGAACUAUAUGUCAAGUGACCAGGAAUUGCUACAUAAGAAUGAGAAUAUUUGUAAAGAUUGUUUUAUUCGCUAAUGUAUAUAAUGUAAUGUAAUACGUUGAGGUGUGUCAAGAUACCGUUGUUUUGUUUAUUUGUUGAAUCUGUCUGUACAUUAUAUUCUUGCUAACAUUUUAUAAAUUGACAGUAAAAUAAAUCUUCGUUGAAAGCUGACUGCUAUUCUUAGAAAUGUAUAAAAGCAUUUUUCUUUGUGAUUGUGUUGUUUUUGGAUUGAAUGGAAAGAAUUUGUUUCGGCGUGGAAGAUCGGACUUGAAAUAGUCUAGAAAAAUCUUAAAAAAGCGAUAAAUUAUAAGAAAAGGCGUUCGUGCUUGUGUCAGACUCAGUCCGAGUGUUAGGACACAGAUAGGACUUGAAUACGUUACUUUUAAUAUAUAAACUUUGGAUAAAAACUUAUUUCGUUAUACGUAAAAUGUCUUUUAAUGUUAUUUUUGUAUUUUAAUAUUAUUUUCACUGAUUUUUUUAUUAAUUUUGUUUUAGAGAACCAAUCCGAUUGUGUUGUCAUUAGUCUUAAGUCUGUCUUAAGAAAGAAUGAGUCAGUUUUAGUAUGUUUUGUUAAAUUGUGUGAAUGAUGUAGUUAGUGUUUACAAAGUUAUUUAGUCCGACGAAUUAGUCUAAACCACGUAAUUUGCAAAAUUUGAUGAAACAGCUGAUAUGUUGAUGUAGUACUAACUACUUACGAGUUUCAUGAUUUACUUCUGAGUUAUUUUGAUUCAGAAAUGUAAGUAAAUCCUACAACUUGCAAUAAAGAACAAUCGUUAUUUAAUAUGUGAGUUGUCAGCAUCGAUCACUAUGCAAUCGACCACUAUCAUUGUGCAUUGUGUAAAUGGGACUGGUUUGAAAAUGAACAAACCUUCACAUACUUCGAAGUAAGUGUUUAAAUAAUAUUAUUAUUCAAUAAUAAUAAAGAACAAUUAAUCAACCUCCAAUAAAUUCCUAAAGUAAAACUUGCAGUAGUGGAAACGAGACGGCACGUUAAUAAUAGAACUACUGCAUUAGAGAUGAUGGUAGGCACUCAGAGAUUGCCAUCUAAUAUAUUUCAAUUGAUAUUUGUAACAAUAGAAUCAGCUCGUACAUCAGCUGUCCCAAGUAGAAGCGAGACAGGGAACUGAACUUGGAGUUUAAGCUCGUGGCGUCUCCUUUCCACAAAAAGCUUAAGAGGCUAAACAUUCUUUUACUUUCCAUAAUAUUCCCUCUCUAUCUGAUUUCUAAGAACAUCAAAAGGUGUUAUGACAUGAAGAGACUACUCAUAAUUAAUCAAAACCAGCUCGGAUCUAAGCCUUGUGCUAAUGCUAGUUAAUGACGUCACUAUCCGAUGUAACGAUUAUGAGUUCACGUUUGCAUAUUUAUUGCGCUGUGAACAGAUGGCCGCUUGUACACGUCACAGAAACGUUUGAAAAGACAUUAAUUGUUUAAAAUUGUACACAAGGCAUAUCUAUCUAUUUACUAAGCUGUAAAUUAUAUCGGAUUACAUCCUGUAAUAAUGUAAGCGUUUUGGCAGACGUUGUAAUUUUAUGUAGCCGUACGUUUGAUUAUAGACUGUAACCGUUACAUUGUUAAUGCAUUUGGUACUUUGAAUACACGAUUUGAACUAAAGCUGGGGGAUUAAUAAAAUGUUCAAUAAAUUAUUUGCAUUUUUAA